AUGAACAAGCUGCUCACAAGAGCGCAUUAUGUUCCUAUUCUGGUACUGUUGGUCUACUGCGGCAUCUUGGCGCUGUUGACGAUACCUGUUGUCCAGCGAGAAUUGCUGUUUCUCCAUCAUGUAACCAUGCCACUGUUCCCAGAUUAUCGGAAUCCACAGAAGUAUGGCCUUGGUCCUUUCAAAACUCGUAACCUUAGGCUGAGUACGGCAGAUGGUGAAGAGAUAGGUGCUUGGCAUAUCCUACCUAGAUCAAGCUAUAAAUCUCUUGUACCGUUCCCUCCUCAAAGGCCUUUGAGUGGAGACGUUUUUGACAAAGCAUUAGGGGAACGUCCGACAGUCUUGUAUUUCCAUGGCAACGCAGGUACAAGGGCGGUGACUCAUCGAGUUCGAAGUUACUCUGCUUUUUCAAACUCACUUGAUUGUAAUGUUGUCGCGAUAGAUUAUAGAGGUUUCGGCGAUUCCACAGGUACACCGUCUGAGCAAGGUCUGUUGAGAGACGCCAGAACAGCGUAUGAUUUCCUUGAACAUACCAUGAGAAGGACAGGUUUUACGAAGGAAGAAACGGCGAAGAAUGUAAUAUUAGCUGGACAGAGUCUAGGUACUGGGGUAGUGUCUGGUUUGGCCGGUCAACUGGAAAAUGAAGGCAUACGUCCUAGAGCUUUGGUACUCAUUGCUCCUUUCACCUCAAUUACAGAGCUGUUAACGAGCUACCGUAUACUGCAUGCCAUACCUAUUCUAAAACCUCUGAACGCAAUCCCCCCAAUUCAGAGAUACUUUCAAUCUUUCUUAGCUCAUCCAUUUGAUUCAAUCACAGCGCUGAAGAACACCUCUUCACCUACACUCAUCCUUCAUUCCAUCGACGACGACAUCAUUCCAUAUUCCCAGUCUGCACGAGUGUUUUUGUCGAUCUUAGCAUCUGCUUCACUCAAGUCGGAGUCAAUAGAGGAAACCAAAUAUGGAAGGUGGGGAACCAUUCGAUCAUUUAAAAGAUCAGAAGGGGGUGAAGUGGUCUGGUGGGAAGGAGGCAAUGGUGGUCACAACGCUCUUGGAUUUGCAGAAGGGACGAUUGAUCUUAUUGCACGUAUCGCAGACCUUUAG